UGUAUCCUGAUAUCGUUAUAUUACAAUUCCUCUUAUUUCAUAGUCAUAUUUUAUAAGAAAAGAAUAUUUCCAUAUUGAUUACAAACACCUUUUAUUUGUGUGUAGUGAAUUUUACAAAGGCAAAUAAGAGAGCAAUGAACGAUUUUCAAUGUGAGCCACUGUAGAUAGUAACGCAAAGUAAUAUUAUAAGAAAGUUCUAUCAAAAAUUUAGGUUAGACGCAUUAGUACAACGUGUUAGAGUCUACAUACGAUGUAACGUCAAAUUUUCGAUCAUGACAGUUGCGAUAAAUUAGAAUAACAAAUAAAUCGUUUAAUAUUAUAUUUAACUGUCAAAUUGUGUUCGUCAAAACUAGAUCAUAUUUUCGCACAUCGGCAUGGCACAUACCAUUGCAAUUCUAUCCGUGAUUCCUAGGUUAUCUUACCAUCUUCAAAUGCAACUUCCAAAGUCAACGAUAUGCGAUGUUUCGCUAGAUUCAGACAAAAGUAAUACGUUAUCGAAAUUAAAAAAUGCGGAUAUAGUGGUGACUGAUUGUGAUUUAUUUUUACCAUAUAUGGAUAAGUUACCAUCUUUAAAGUGGGUACAAAUGACAUGGGCUGGUGUUGAAACAUUAGCUUCACGUUUGCAAAAUAUAAAACAUAAUUAUGUCGUCACACGGUUUUCUGAUAAAACCUUUGGUUUUGCUAUGUCUGAAUAUGUGGUAGCACAUAUAUUUAAUUUUGAACGUGAUCAAAGGCAACAGUAUGAAAAACAAAAUGAUUGUCAUUGGGAAAAGAAUGGAAAAAUUUCUGAUCACAGAUUGAUUUGUGAUCUAUCUGUAGGAAUUUUAGGCUUAGGAAAUAUUGGAAAAUCAAUUGCACAGAGAUUGAAAAUGUUUGGGGCUACUGUGUGGGGUGUCACACGAACACCACUUAAAGAAAAAUUAGAUUAUCUGGAUAAACAUAGGACAGUUGAAUUUUUAUCUGACAUGCUCAUACAUUGUGAUUACAUUGUUAAUGUUCUACCAUCCACAUCUAAUACUUUCGGUUUACUAGGUGGAAAUACACUAGAAAAGUGUAAGCAAAGAGGUAGUGUCUUCAUCAAUAUAGGUCGGGGUACAAUUAUUAAUGAAUUAGAUUUAUUAAAUGCUCUUCAGCAACAAUGGAUUUCUGGAGCAAUAUUGGAUGUUUUUGAACAAGAACCAUUGCCAAAAGACAGUAAAUUGUGGUUAUUACCACAGGUUACUAUCUCACCACACAUUUCAGGCGUAACUCGUCCCCAGGAUGUUGCAAGAUUUUUUGCUGAGAAUUAUCAGAAAUUCAUUAAAGGCGAAACUUUGUUAAAUACAGUAAAUACUCAAGAAGGUUACUAGUUAUUCUUUAACUACGGAAGGGAUUUUUUUUCAACACAAUUUAUACAGUAUGACAAGGAAGUGAAAUA